AUAAACUGGUAGAAUUAGAAGCAAUAACUACAAUUUUGCCAAAAUAUUGUUUUUGCACACUCGUUUACUUUCAAUUAUUCUUUUAAGUAAAACAAUCAACGAAAUGUCAUCGGAUAUUGUUGAUCCUAAGGCUGACGGCGAUAACUGUUUAAAAAACAAGAAAUACAUCGAAGCCAUGCUUCAUUAUACAAAAGCUACAAAAAUUGAUCCGAAAAAUGCUAAAAUAUAUAGCAAUAGAUCCCUUGCUUUCCUACGGUUAGAUCAAUAUUUCUAUGCCUUGGAAGAUGCCAAUAAAGCAAUCAAAUUAGAGCCAACCUGGGCGAAGGGCUACUUUAGAAGAGGUGAAGUCUAUUUUUGCACUCAACAUUAUAAGAAAGCAUUACAAAGCUAUCAACAAGGCUUAGAUUUCGAUCCAAAUGACAAAACUCUGCUGAACGCUAGGCAAUUAGCAAGCAUAAAAUGGGACACUUUAAGGACAUCUGAAGCAAGGAUACCGGUAAUUGGCAUGAUUAUCGGAAUGAUCUUUGGCAUAGCGGUUGUCCUGUUUGACCACUAUCUAAAUCAACCAUCUGUAAUACAAAAUAGCGUUCUAAAAAUGAUUAUAGCUGCUUCAUUUACGGCUCUCGCUUAUGGAGUAUCCUUAGCUUAUAGAGGUUUCAACCGAUCUCAAAGAAGAGGGCUAUUGGAAUCUCCUGUAGAUUUAUUUGGUACUGGUGAUGAACCACAAGAAAAGCCAUCUGUUCCCCCUCCAAAUGUUCGGCCAAAGGCUAAACGAUCAUAG